GGUCUCCACUCCGAAGGAUCGUUUGAAUGAGUUUUUUCAAGAAGCUACGGCCGGACUUGAGGCCGUACGCCGCGCUGAUCACGACGACAGAUUUUAAUGCGGCGUAUGAUUUGAUUGUGAAGACGGAAAAGAGCUUGGACGAUCUGCAGGCAACCAAGAAGGAGGAUCGAGCGACGAAAGACCCGCGACCCGCGGCCAGCACCGGGCCGAGCGGGAAGAGUUUCGGAUUCGGGGGAAAGAGGUACGAGAAGGGUUCUUCGAGUGCGCCGCCGCCUAAGAGGAGUAAGUCAAAGCCGUCUCCGUCGGCCGCCGCUAGCAACACGAUCAGAACGAGGAGCCACCCGCAGUGUGUACAAUGUGGUAGGCAUCACCCGGGCGAGGGUUGGCUCGCCCAAGGCUUAUGUUUGGGUUAUGGUCAGCCAGGGCAUUUCAGGAGGCAUUGCCCGACAAACCCUAGCAGCGAGCCUGUUUUUCCUAGAGCUCCGGAUCAGCCUGCCACAUCACAUCCAGCACGGAGUCAGCAGUCUACAGCGGCAAAUAAUCAGCAGAGACCACGUCCGCAGCAGUCAGGCCGGGCACCAGCGCGUACCUACGCCAUGCAGGGGCGCACAGAUCCUAGUCCCAAUGUUAUCUUGGGUACGUUCAUACUAUUUGAUUCGGUUAUGCAUGCCUUGAUCGAUCCGGGUUCUACGCUCUCCUAUAUCUGUGUUGGCAUGCCUGCUAAUUCUGCGAUCGUGAGGAGUGACCUUGAGAUACCUACUGUUGUAUCGAAUCCGCUAGGACAUAGCAUGUGUCUUCAUCACAUUUAUCAUAGGUGUCCGUUGUCCGUGCAAGGGAAGCAAUUCCCUGCAGAUUUGAUAGAGCUACCACACAAGGAGUUUGACAUUAUCCUUGGUAUGGAUUGGCUCACCGAGCAUAGAGCAGUUGUCGACUGCAGUUGUCGGACCGUACGGCUGAGAGCCGAGGACGGUAGCGACGUAUCACUCUCCGGGGAGGUGUUCCCCAAGGCUCCCGAGUUCAUAUCGUCCUUGAGCGCGAGGCGCUUGAUUCGCAAGAAGUGCGAGAUGUUCCUGUGUCACGUUCAGGAUAUGCGAAAAGAAUCACCACGUCAGCAGGACAUCCGUACGGUUUGCGACUUCCCCGAUGUCUUUCCCGAAGACCUACCUGGUUUGCCUCCGCCGAGAGAAGUAGAGUUCUCGAUCAAUCUCAUUCCGGAUCCGACCCAUGUGUUGCCGACCAAUGCUGUAACCCUCGAUGAGAGUUUGUCUUACGAAGAAGAACCAGUUAAGAUCUUGGCGCGCGAAACUAAAGUACUAAGAAACAAGACGGUACCUUUGGCAAAGGUACUAUGGCGUAAUCAUGCGGUGGAAGAAGCAACCUGGGAGACUGAAGAAUCUAUGCGAACUCAGUACCCUCAUCUCUUCGGCGACCAAUGACUCAGGUUUGACCGGAUGGUUAAAUCCAUGACUUUAAUGAAUUAAUUAAGUUAAU